UUAUUAUUAUUUUUUAUACUUCCAAGAAAAUGCCUUUACUAGAAGUGGGCUCUCGCUCAGUGAGUCACUAUGACAAUUUUGAUACUUCACAGUUCCCCGAGUCAACUCACUUUUACUUAUCAGAAACAGCAACAGAACGAGAUAGCCGCAUCAAAGAGCUAUUUGAUACACUUGACCGAGACAAACGUGGAUUAUUAGAUAGCAAAGCAAUCCAAAAAGGUUUUACAGUCAUGACACAUUUGCCUGCUCGAACAAAAUACGCAAAUGAACUUGUAUCUCGUUGUGACACUUCAAACAAUGGACUUGUUACUUUUGAAGAGUUCAAAGCUUAUGUCAAAGAUAAGGAAAACGAGUUGUGGAAAUUGUUUACAGCAUUGGAUCGAAGUGGUGAAGGACAGCUUGAUCCAAGUGAUUUACAGAUUGCGCUUCAAAGAGCUGGUAUGGAAAUCUCUAAAGAAGAUGUUGUUGAAUUUAUGCAGUUAAUGGAUGCUGAUGGGAACGGCUUAAUUGACUUUAAUGAAUUCAAAAACUUUCUUUUGCUUUUGCCUCAAACAAACAUGUGCGAGAUGUAUCGCUAUUAUGAGUCUUCUACUCAACUAACUCAAGACGGAGAAGUAGUGAUUCCUACCACAGAUGAAACUGCUCGAAACGCAUUCAGAUAUUUGCUGGCUGGUGGUAUUGCUGGUGCAUUUUCUCGUACAUGUACAGCACCUUUUGAUCGACUCAAAGUGUAUUUGAUCACACACAGUGGCACACCCCAAAAUCCAGUAACAUUAUCUAGUGCUGUCCAAGCUAUCUAUAGUCUAGGUGGUUGGAGAAGCUUCUUUGUUGGUAAUGGUCUAAAUGUCAUGAAGAUCAUACCCGAAUCAGCGCUUAAAUUUUACUCUUUUGAAUCGUCCAAGGAACUCAUUGCCAAAGUACUCAGUUGCGAAGACAAGGACUCAAUUCCAACAAGUGCUCGAUUUGUAGCUGGUGGAAUGGCAGGUUUAUGUGCACAGUUUGCAAUCUACCCAGUAGAGACUUUAAAGACACGAAUUAUGACACAUCAAUCGUGUGCACACGAUACAAUUUCUAAUAAGGCAAAUAACAGUCAUUUGUCUGGUGCUGCUAAAGCUCCUUAUUCAACAUUGGCUGCUGCAACCAUGACUUCAUCAUCUUCUUGUUCCAAGACUAACCAAUUCACUACUGGAUCUGUGAUAAAGGAGACUGCAAAAGCAAUGUAUACUAAAGGAGGGAUCCGUGCUUUUUGGCCUGGAUUGACUCUGGGCUUGAUCGGUGUAUUUCCUUAUCAAGCUAUGGAUCUUGGUAUUUACGAGACAUUAAAGUUGUCCUAUCUGCAGUAUAGUCAAGGUGAAUAUAAUCAAGAUGGUACUCAAAAACAGCCUAAUGUGUUUGUGCUUUGGGCCUGUGGCAUGAUCAGUGGUACAAUUGGUGCAACAAGUGUGUAUCCUCUUAAUGUUAUUAGAACAAGGCUUCAAGCACAAGGCACAAAAGGUCAUCCUAGACUAUAUAAAUCACCUUGGGAAGCAGUCAGAAUAACGUUUUUGGAAGAAGGUGCAAAGGGCUUCUAUAAAGGCUUAGGACCCACUUUGCUCAAGGUUGUUCCUGCUGUAAGCUUAAGUUAUGUAACUUAUGAAUGGAGUAAAAGAGAACUCGGGCUUUCAUAGUAUAGACCUUUUGAUUUUUCUACCUGUUACCUUUUUUUGUAUUUAUUUCUCACAUAUUUCUUCAUUCAUUUUAUACAACAAUAAUUCUUUACAUUUAAAAAUCUCUCAUAUAUCCAUAUCACACGAUAAAUAGGCUUGCUUUUUUAUUUUUAAUAAUUUUUUCUUAUGAUUGAGAGUUUGUAUUUUCGCACAAAUUAAUAUUUCUUGAGUAAUAAAUACAAUUAAUU